GUAUUGCUGGGUCUCUUUAUAAUACCCAAGCCCGGCCCGUUAUUUUACAAGCCCGACCUGUUAUUUUACAAGCCCAGCCCGAACCCGGCCCAAUUAAUCACGGGCUUAAAAAUCGGGCCCAGGCCCGACCCAACCUGCAAAUUUCCGACCCGUUGCAAACCCUAACUAAAAAUGAUUGGGAAAGGGAACAGAAAUGGAAAGUUGCUUUAAAAAUUUUGGAUAAAUCUUCUAAAAUUACUCCUGAAUUUAUUAAUGAGAUGUUAUGGAAUAUCUCGAGAUCCCGAAAUCUUAGAUGUUAUUUGGAUCAACAUUAUGGUGAACUCAAUUGGAUUCAAAAACUUAAAAUUUUAAAACGAAUUGCCGAAGGACUUAAACAAAUUCAUCAGGCUGCAAUCGAAAAAGAUUGUCCUAAACCUUUUGUAAACUUGAUGAGAUGCUGUUGGGAUGCAGACCCUAAAAAUCGCCCUAAGGCUAAAAAAUUGUUCAAAGUAUUAGAUGGUUGGUAUUGGAAUCUUUAUGAUAAAAUAGAGACGCCCGAAAGUUUAGCAUUCAUAGCCUCCGAUAAAAAUCUGCCGCAACCAGGUAGUGCAGCUUCUAGUAGAGCCGUAACUCAGACACAUCCACUUGCCUCUUACACGAGUGGAUCCUUUAGAUUUCAAAAUCUUCCUAUGCCAGUAAAUUCUCCAUCAAUUAAUUAUCGAUCGAUUUCGGCUUCUUAUGGUAGCACAACUCGCGAUAUAACCGAAUUUACAGAGCAAGUUGAUAAAACAACUAUAUUAGAAUCCACAACUGUGGGAUCCACACUUUUAGUAACUUCAGCAAUCGAUACUUCAGCUACAUCAGAAGAUACAUAUGAUUCGGAUGAAUAUGAAUAUGUCACGAGACAACUAGAUUUGUCAUUAUGA